AAGAUUACGGUCGCGCUCGCGCUGACCGUUGGUGCUGUUAGCUUGAUUAACGGUAAACUCCGCAGGUUGACGUCGACGCUUCUUUCUGUCUUUUUUAGAGACUUGCCUCCGUAAAGGACUUUUUCUGUGUUUAUUACUGAGCUUAUUGGAUAAAAAGACACCUUUAAUUCGGACAAUAGUCACAGUUUGGCUCAAACUCAAUGAUGAAAACGGUGAAAUAAGGAGGUGUAACUAGCUAACUGUGCCCCGGAGCCUUUAGCUAUCGAGUCAUCGCUGAAUGAGUGACAGAGGCUAUUUUCUGUUGACCAGUAAAGAGCCGGCAGAGAGAGGAACAGUAGAGAGAAGCGAGCACGGGUUGGAGAGGAUAAUUGCAUUUCUGGCUGCCCCGUGGGAACAUGGGAUAUAUGACCUCAUCAUUCACCUGUAAGGCUCUCCAGUAAAAAAUUCCAAAGAGAAGGAUGGCUGAAGCUGUUGCACAAAGCACUGAUGUCCUCCUAAAUCCAUGUGAUGUGACGCCAUGUGAUGUCAUCAGCGACCCAUUGCCUCCACCGUGUCCGUCAUUCUGCAAUCAGAAGGAGGAUGAGGAUUGUCAACAUGGCAGUAAAGAGCCGGAGCCGCAGAAACUUUGCAACCAGGUGCAACCAAAGAAAAAAGCCAAGGCCAAAAGAAAGUUAAUGCGGAGUGUGGCUGUCUGCGAAGAGUCCUCACCUUUUGAAGAAACCAUGACAUCUCCAGACAUAAACAUCGUAUCCAGCUGCCAUGACAACGAGAGAACUUCCUGUACGGAGGAAGAGCAGGAAAAGAGCACAGAUCCAAAGAAACAUUCACUGUCCAAAGGGUCCAGUGUGGAGUACACUGACUCCACCGGCGUGGACCUGCACCAGUUUAUCGUCGAUACCCUCAACAGCAACGCCAGAAACCACAUGAUGAUGCUUGAACUGGAGCAGGACAUGAUUGACUUCAUCACCAGCAGUAGUUCCGUUAAGAAGUUCCGUCCCAUGAAGUCCUACCAACGUAUGCUGGUCCAUCGGGUGGCGGCCUACUUUGGCAUGGAGCACAAUGUAGAUCAGACAGGCAAGUCUGUCAUCAUCAACAGGACCAGCAGUACACGCAUACCUGAUCAGGGUUUUCUGGACCAGGUGCACAAGGACAAGGCAGAAGAAAACCAUCAAUGGAAAAUCAUUUUAAAGAGGAACGACAGCUCAGAAGACCAGAUAAGACCUCACCCAUUACGAGAGAAGCAAAGCAAGUCAAUGGAGGAGAGAGAGGAGGAGUACCAAAGAGUACGAGACAGAAUAUUCCAUCAAGGGCCACCUUGCACCCAGGAGAGCACCCAUGCAGAAACCAGGGCUGUGGAGGAGUACAAUCCAUAUGCUGAGACCCAAAGGAAAAGGCAGCUCUUCAGGGGGAGCCGUGACAGCUCGGGCUCCAGCUGGACAGGCAGCAGCAGGCAGAGCAGCACUGAGACCGACUGUCGUUACGGCAAGGAUCCCCCACCCUGGAGCAGCACAGACUCCGAUUCCUCCUACCAGUGGAGGAGUCCCGCUACCAAACAUCACCAUGCUGCCAACCCAGGCAGGGACACACGAGGUGGUUCAGGCUCCAUCUCUCUCUACAGACUACCCUCCAUUUGUCCCCACCCGUCCUCUCCUCCAUCCAUAGAUGAGCAGCCUGCCUACAUGGUAGAGAAUGGGAUCCCACCAGGAAGCAUAUUAGUGAACCCGCACACUGGGCAGCCUUUCUUGAACCCCGACGGGACUCCUGCCGUAUACAACCCUCCAGACAGUCAGCAGCCAUUUAGGAGCCGGACGCAGCUGCAAGCUUCUGCAGCCCCGCAGCAGCAGCAGGUGGUUCAGUACUCGUCUGUGUCUUACUUGGCUCCACAGAUGUUGCCUGUCUCUCCCUCACAGCCAUACUCCACAGUUGAAGAUCUGACCUCGCAGUUUAUACACAUGAGCUGUCAGUCGUCGGGUGAGGCUCCGCCCCUCUACCCUCCCAGUCAGGGUUACUUCUAUGCAGCUCCACCCCCUCCUCCUCCCCCUCCCAAUCCCCCCAGCUACGGCCAGCCCUCACCUCAGGUGCCUCUGUAUUACUACAGCCAGUACCCUACCUCAGCUCAGCACCCAUGCAAAGCUGCCUCCCCCAGCCAGCAUUUCCACAGCCAGACAGUACAACCCACAGUCGGCUACUCUCCUGCUGCUGGGGUGCAGCAGUCUUCACACACCCAAGCCCAGGCUGUGCUGGGGACUUACUCACCGAUGGCCUCUCGUCAGCGUAGCAUGGUUCAGGGAGGCGUUUCAGUGUCCUACCCCCAAAGUGAAGUUAUGAGUGCGGUGGGUGGAGAGGCAGGUUACUGCCGUGUAGUGCCCCCACCCUCCUACCAUGGCAGCUGCCAUCCUCCCAGCUGCACCAACCUCAGUGGCCCGGCCUGGAACGCACAGUACUGAUGGUGCCUCAACGGACGGGAAAUUUUAUACUUUUAGUUCCUGUGUUAAAACUCUCUCUCUCUCACACACACACACUCUUUGACUUUACACAAAGACUGUUUUAUCACACUCCCUCCUCACCUACACACGCCUUUUAACUGAUGAUGCCCGAAGGGUAUGCCGUUCGCACCCAUAACAAGCAUGUCCACACGCACAAACUCACACACACACACAUACAUAUAUAAAUGUACCACUGUACCAAAGCUUAAUAGUAUAUUUCAGAGCUGUUGUUUUGAAUGCAUAAUUUAUAUUCACAAAUGGAGUUUUAUAUUGAUAUUAAAUUAUAUAUUGUGUUUUAAGGAAAUGCACUGUUUGAAUAGAAUAAAGUUCUGUGGCUAAAUUGA